UUUGCAUUAUAAAGAUAACAUGUGGAGUAUCAAAACGUCGUUGAUCUGUGCUUUUUGGUCGAGACCAUGAAGAUGAAGAUCUUAUAUAAUUUGAUGACAUAAGUCCCACGGUUCAAUGAUACCCAAAUACAUAUAUCCUCAGACCAAGUUGUAAAAACCUUGCCCUCAAGCUUCUUUCCUUCUUUCUCUCUCCCUCUCUCUCUGUAUUGCUUAACAAUUCUCUCAAGUUGAAGGGUUAUGUGACGAUCAACAACUUGGAAGAAAUAUUGGCUUCAGGAAUCCUCUACAUCAAUGAAAUUAUAGGUUGGAUUCAUUGUCUCUCUUGAUUAAGCUUCAGAUCAAUAUAAUAAACAGAAAGCAAUGACAGAAGACACGAAGGAGAUGCAUGAAGAGGAAAAGAGGGUUUACGGUGAUGUAUGUUCCCAGAAGUGGAUAACCUUCGAUUUAAAUGAAGAAGCUGUGAGCGAAGAGGAUGACGAUGAGAAUGUUGGCAAGGAAAGUGAAGUUAGUGUUGAAGAGGAUGACGAUGAGAAUGUUGGCAAGGAAAGUGAAGUUAGUGUUGAAGAGGAUGAGAUUGAGAAGAGAAGUGAUGGGAGUUGCAGCAAUAACAAUGGAGGCAUUAAUGAUAGAAGAAGAGUGAGGCAAUACGUUAGGUCAAAGCUGCCUCGGCUUCGCUGGACUCCUGAUCUGCAUCUCUCCUUUGUGCAUGCUGUUGAAAGGCUCGGUGGACAAGACAAAGCAACUCCGAAGUUAGUUCUUCAAUUGAUGAAUGUGAAGGGACUUAGCAUUGCCCAUGUAAAAAGUCAUCUGCAGAUGUAUAGAAGUAAGAAGCUUGAUGAGACUGGACAAGUUUUAAGCAAAAGUAAUCGAUCAAUAAAAGGAAGGGAAGAAUUUCGGAGCAUAUUGUUGCAGCAAGCCGCCGUCGUUGGCUCCAGUCUUCAUCAACAUUUCAGAAUGGAAAAUGGUGGAAUUGUCUUAGCCGCUGAGUCUCUUGAAAAUAACAUCACACCAACUCCUCUUUACCAACGGCCACUAGAUUUCAAACCCAGUAGGCACCACUUACCAAUAAAUUCCUUGAUAAGCAAAGGUGGUGGAGAAGAAAAUGGUUUCCCAAAGCCUGCCUUGAGCAAUGAAGGGCUUAUGCGAAUGGGACCCAUGAGACCAGGCCGUGUUCUUGGAGAGAAGAGGUGGCAUCCUUUCCAUAUGAUCUGUAAUAGAUUGGAAAUUAAUGGAAAUAUGAGCAAGGACACAUAUGAAGGCAACCUAGGAGACAACAACAUUGUUGGGCAAUUCCUUUCCAACAAGCUUGAUUUCUUGAGCAAAGUCGGUGGUUAUAAAUCCAAGUUUGACGCCUCACUUUUGAUGGAGAUGAAUCAAGAUAAAGUGAUGAAAGAUAGGGAAUGGUUACCUGAUCUACAGUUAAGAUUAAGCCAAAGGAUUGGAAUUAAUGAUGAAAAGAAAACCCAUUGUAAAUGCAUGCAUGAAAUCAACACCCAACUUUCACUUUCUUAAGUUUGACGUAAGAUAUAGGAGAAUUUGUCCAAAGAAGAUAUCUUGAUCUACAUACAUAAUCAGUAUGUUAUGAUAAGAUCGAGGGAGUGUUUAAUUAAGGGUCUAACCAAGCAAAAACCACCCACAGGAAAUCGAGAUAUUCCCAACUACUUUUGUCCUUGACUUGUGUGUGUUUUGGAUUUAUAGAAAGUGUAAUUGUUUUUCAUUUGAAUUCUUUGU